AUGGGGGUCAAGAAGAAACUGGUGCUCUUCCUCCUGGUUCUUUGCAUUUGUCUCCAGGGAGCGUCUGCCAAAGAGAAGGGAACCAAGAAGGGGAAGAAAAAAGGGAAGCAAGUUUACUGCCCAUCGCAACUGUCAUCCGAGGAUUUGGCCCGCGUCCCUGCCAAUUCCACCAGUAACAUCUUGAACAGGUUACUCAUCAGCUACGAUCCCAGAAUACGGCCCAACUUCAAAGGAAUACCAGUAGAAGACCGAGUGAACAUUUUUAUCAACAGCUUUGGCUCCAUCCAGGAGACGACCAUGGACUACCGAGUCAACAUCUUCUUGCGGCAGCGCUGGAACGACCCACGGCUCAAAUUGCCGCAGGACUUCAAGUCCGACUCACUUACCGUGGACCCCAAGAUGUUCAAAUGCCUGUGGAAGCCCGAUCUGUUCUUCGCCAAUGAAAAGAGCGCUAACUUCCAUGACGUCACGCAAGAGAACAUUCUCCUCUUCAUCUUCCGCAACGGGGAUGUACUUAUCAGUAUGAGGUUGUCCGUCACGCUUUCUUGUCCACUGGACCUGACGUUGUUCCCCAUGGACACCCAGAGGUGCAAAAUGCAACUGGAAAGCUUUGGCUACACCACAGAUGACCUUCAGUUCAUGUGGCAAACAGGCGACCCUGUACAGAUGGAUGCCAUUGCCCUGCCUCAGUUUGACAUCCGACAGGAAGACAUCGACUAUGGCAACUGCACCAAGUUCUAUUCAGGAACAGGCUACUACACGUGCGUGGAGGUCAUAUUCACCCUACGGCGACAGGUGGGCUUCUACAUGAUGGGUGUGUACGCGCCCACGCUGCUCAUCGUGGUACUCUCCUGGCUGUCCUUCUGGAUCAACCCCGACGCCAGUGCUGCCAGAGUGCCGUUGGGCAUCCUGUCCGUGCUGUCUUUGUCUUCGGAGUGCACAUCUCUGGCUUCCGAGCUUCCCAAGGUGUCAUACGUCAAAGCCAUAGACAUCUGGCUCAUCGCCUGCCUGCUGUUCGGCUUCGCCUCCCUGGUUGAGUACGCCGUGGUGCAGGUCAUGCUCAACAGCCCCAAGCGCAUCGAGGCCGAGAAGGCUAAGAUCGCGUCUAAGGAGAAGGCGGCGGGCAAGAGCGCCGCCAACGCCGCUACCAGAAACAACACCGUCAACGGCACCGGGGGGACGCCGCUCCAUGUCAGCACAUUGCAGCAGGUGGCGGAGACGCGCUGCAAGAAAGUGUGCACCUCCAAGUCGGACCUGCGCACCAACGACUUCAGCAUCGUGGGUUCGCUCCCGCGGGACUUUGAGCUGUCGAACUUUGACUGCUACGGCAAACCAAUCGACACGGCCGGCGGUGGCAAAUCGCAGACCAAGAACAACAAGAAGCCGCCGCCCCCCAAGCCAGUCAUCCCGUCGGCCGCCAAGCGCGUGGACCUAUACGCCCGGGCCCUCUUCCCGUUCUCUUUCCUCUUCUUCAACGUCAUCUACUGGUCCUGUUACUUGUGA